UCAUCUUCAGAAAGUUCUGGUAAGAAACAAUUGAAACCUGCAGUGAAUGAUGAUACACCCAAAAUGUCAAAUGAGAAAUCAAAACUGGCAGAUAAGAAACAACUAAAACCACAAAGCAGCAAGCCUUUAAAGAAAGAUGAUGAAUCUUUUAAGUAUAAAACAGACCAUGCAUCAAACAGUACAUCUGAAAAACUUAACUCUUCAAAUAAAGAAAAGUUAUCAUUGUCAUCACUUUCUUAUGCAAAAUCUUCUAGAAUAUUUAGUAAGGAUAAAUUAACUUAUAAAAAAAGAACAGAUUCUAUCAGGUUUGAAAAGGAAAAGAAUAAAAAUUCUACAGGAAAAAAGAAAAAAGAAUGCAUUAUAGAAAAGUACAGAAGUAGCAAUAAACCUCAGUCUGAAAUGAGCGAAAAUACAGAAAAAAAUAAGAAAGAGAGUAAAAUUGAAAACAAAAAGUUGGAUGUAAGACCUAAACCUUGUAAAAUCAAUAGACAAAGUGAUAGUGACAGUGAUAAUUCAUGUUCAACUGAGAAGAAGAUUAUUAUUGAAGAACAUGCAAGUGAACUAUGUUGUUUUGGAGAUGAUAGUUAUGAUAUGGGUACAAACAAUGAUUUAGAGAGGAAGCUUAAAUGUGAUUCAAAUACUGGCUGUAAUUCUCCAAAGGCAACAGAAACAGCAAAAGAAGGUUCCAGUAUAAUUUUAAAAUGUGAUGCUGAGAAAAAAAGUGGUAAAGAUUUAUUUGAUAUUUCAAGCAGAAUGUUAGAAAACACUGAUUCUGAUAUUAGCUUGAGGGAAGAUCUGAAAAGAACAAAAAACAAGGGAGUGGAUGAAGAUAGCAGUGACCUGUUUGAUGAUGAUGAUAAAAAAUCCACAGAAGAUAUAUCUGAAGUUUCGUGUACUGUAAGUUCUGUUCACACAAGUGAUUUGUCAUCAUUUGAUGACCAGAUCAGUUUAUCAUCCAUGGAAGAAGUAGAACCCGUCAAGCCAAGAGGAAAACGAAGAAUUUCUCUGAAAGAAGUCAAAGAGUUUGCAUAUUUAAAAGAACUCAGUGACAGCAGCAGAGAUAGACACAGAACUGAUGAUGACAGCUGUAGUUAUGAACAGAUAAAAAGAAGUAGAUAUAAGAGUGAUGAAGAUAGCUCUGGCCAUGAACAAUUAAGCAGAAGUAGGCUCAGGAGUGAUGAUGAUAGCUGUGAUAGUGAACAUAUAAGCAGAAAUAAACACAAAAGUGAUGAAGAAAGUUGUAUUCACAGACAGAUGUCUAUGAAGAUACAAUGUGCAGAACUAAGGAUGGAACCAAAUGAAGCCAAACCAUUUCAUCAAGAUUCAUUAAAAUCACCAACUGGAGGAGUUCAGUCAUCUGAUACACAUGAUGACUCCAGAAUGGAACUACGCAGGGAAAGAAAAGUCAAUCUGAAAUAUGCAUCUGAUGAGUUUUCAUCAAUAUUUACACCAGGUCGUAAAUCAUCAAUUGUAACUGAUCAUCGUCAGGAUCAAGAGCACAAAUUUAAAACUGAAGAAUCUUAUGAAAGUAGAAUAAAAAGUAAAAAAUAUAAGAGUUCUGAAGGAGACCCAAGCUUCCUAGAUAAAGAAUUGGAGAAAUAUCAAGAAAAAUCAAAUGACAAUUCAUUGUUCGGAACCUCUGAAAACCUCAAAACUACCAAAGAAAGAAAUUUUGUUCAGUUCACACAAACAUCUCAUCCUCUAUCUCAUCAGAAGUUUUCAUUUGUAGAAGAAAAACAUUCCAGUGUUUUAAGUAAAAGAACUAAACUUGUAACAGAUAAGAAGGAAGAGAGAAGUCAACAGGAAGAAAAUGUAGGACUGACAGCAAGUGUCUCCAUGGAUGAGCAGGAACAGCAAAGCAAAUUUACAGAUCGAGGUCGACACUUAAGUGAAAAUGCUGAUCAUACUUCCCCAGAGCUAACUAAAUAUGAUAAGGCAAAACAGAAAAAGAAUGAAAACUCUAGAUCAAACAGAGGACAAGAGCAAGCAUCUCUUCCCACUACUACAUAUAGUCAUGGUUUCAAAUGUCACAGGGAUUACUCUCCAUCUAAAAGUAAGGUUAAAUAUCAGAAUUAACCAUGCCAGUACUACAUAUCUCAUCUAGCAAAGAAGCCAGUGAUAAUCGGUAAUGUAUUUCUUUGUUAUUUACAGUCUACAUUCAAUUAGCAAACAAACAGAUUAACAACCUUUUUCGAUCUCCACACCCACAAUAUAGUGUAUCAUUUAUUUAGCUACUUGGAUAGUAACUACUUCAUUUUUUUUCUAACCCAAGUUUGCUUUCCUGGUGUUAUUGGAAAUUUGAAAGCUGCAUAAUUUGACAAGUGUGUGUAGUGUGCUUCCAGAUGAGUGUUGUAUUUUUCUCCCUUUCUCUAAUGGUAUGCUCUUGAUGAUGACUAAAAUCUUGGUUUAUAUCUAUUGCUAAAGAAGCUGGUGAAUAGUUAUUAAUGUAAUUAUUUAGCUUGCAUCUAUUUGUUAUGUAUAAAUCACUUCCUUUACAUACUUAUUCAUAGUGUAUACUCUUAAUAUUGUUAUAUAAAUCAAAAAUACUCUAUUACUAGUUGAAAGCUGAGUGGUUAACUUGACUGAACUGUGAAUCAGAAGAUUCAAUGUUUGUGACCUGUCAACUAGAUACUCUCCCUCUAGUCUGUCAGUUCAAAAUUAGGAACAGCUAUGAUUUUUGUUGCUUUGCACAUGUUUCUGAAACAAACAAAUCUAAUUUAACUCUGCCUACCCAGAUGAAUAACUGGAUAUUGUAUGGCUUAUUUUAUUGCAUUGUAAAAGAAACAAAACUGAUGAAUGAAACAUUUUGAAACCAAAACUUUUCACAGAUGUGUUAGCUUCUACAAAUAAAAUAUAUUAUUUUCAUAUGUGAUAUUUGCAGUUUUAAAAAUUUGAAGAGAUUACAUUGUGAUAUUUUAAAAAAACAAACAAAAUGCUUACCAUUAUUUUGGACUUUAGUUAUUGAUUUGUAUGUUUUCCUACUUUUUAAAAAAUUGUGAAUCAA